GAUCAUCCAAAUCCGUCUGAGAAUAUUAUGUCUGGAAUUAAUCUACAUAUAGUAAAUUUCUUGGUAUUUGUUAGAAUUUGUGGCUUUGAUACCACACUGUUGUAAUUUGAUGUGGAACAGUAUUAACUUUCAAUGUGCAUUAACUUUCAACAGUAUUAUAUCUCACUCCCAGAACCCAAGUUGGGUGAAAAGUACCGAAAAAAUGGAAACUGGCACAUAUUUCUAGCGAGUGCUUUCCUGUUAAAGAAACUAUUUAUUCGCUUUCUUCGAUUUCAUAACUAUUGUCUAAAGCGCAUGCCAGCCACGCUCAGGUUUCAUGUCCUUUGUUUUCGUUCUUGUCAUCACAUAUAAAUCCAUGCACAUAAUUCAAAUGGAAAUAGAAAUCACAGUUCGCUUAUAUAUCUAUAUCCUUUUCUUUUGUCUGCACAGGAAGAGUUGGAACUUGAAUGCAUAGUCAUAUGGAGGAAACACCGGGCAGAUCAGUCUCCUUCAAAACUCAGCAUCAAUCAACCAACACAGUGAGAAACGGAAAGCUGGAGUCUAGGCGCAGAGCAGACCAAUGCUCCUUACAGAGAAGAGAAACAUUAUCGCCGUCUUCUUCUUCUUCUUGCUGCAGCUCCUUGGGGAUUCCUCAUAGCCCCAUCCGUGCCAUGGAGUUUCUAAGUCGCUCAUGGAGCCCCUCUGCCUAUAACUUUCAACAGAUGUUUCCAUCCAGUAUCAACAUGUUCCCUUCACAUGAAGAAAAGUUGGAUGAUGAGUUUAGCUUCGAGGGACCAGAUGAAAAGCUAGAGACAGAAGCAAUACAGUUUGAGUUGCCACCGGAAAGUAGCAGGAGAAGCACUUUCAGUAGCCGCACUAGCAGGGUGGAUAACAUAUGGACGAAUACAAAGGGAUGGUUAGGGGGGGAAUCCAUAACUAGCUUAUUAAGACGGAACAAAGCCAAGAAGAAAGAGGAUGUUCGACUUCAAACAGCAAGCAUUCAUGCUGCCCUUUCUGUCACACGCUUGGCUGCAGCUAUCGCCAGUGUUGCUGCAACCAAGAGCAGCAUAGACUCAGAAUCAGAAUCAGCGCAAGAUAUUGGCAAUCAAGGUACUGUACUUCAAUCAAGGAACAACAUAGACGACAUUUUUGCUUCUGCAGCAGCUCUGGUUACCACAGUUUGUGCUGAAGCUGCUGAGUCAUUGGGGGCGCAGACAAUCGAUGUUUCUUCUGCCAUUAACUCAGGCUGGGCUACCCAAACAACUGGCGACAUGAUCACACUCACAGCUGACGCUGCAACACGUUUAAGGGGAGUUGCAGCACUCAGAGCAAGAGCCAAGGCCGAUGCGUAUUUUCCAAGAACCCAAAAUUUUCUUCCAGUAAAAGCAGAGCUAUCUGUCGUCACUCCUUCUGGAAGCAAAAGAUACGGCUGGGCCUCCAUAUAUUCAAAGCAUAGUCAGCUCAUUUUGAGCCUCCAGAAGAAGCAUUUGGGAUUCUUAGCCACAACAACAGAAUACAAGAUUUUGCAUGUGGUGGAGGGAACAAGGGAAGUUCAGGGAAACCUUUCAAUCAGCCUAAGGAGCAACAGUGGAUACAUCAAGCUCUUGUUCAAAGAUGAAAACCAAUCUUUAGUCUGGAUGACAAGCAUUUCUAGUCUCUUACAGUUGCAUUAAUGAUGCUAAGGAAAUAUGUGUAGCUUGCAAUAUCUGCAUCUUAUAUGUAACAUGCUGGU